AAACAUAUUUGGUAAACUAGUGUGAAUGGUUCUCUUCUGGGGAGCGGAAAAGGUUGCUCCAUCUCAGGAGUCUACUGUAAGCCCACUAUACUAAACGAACUCGCGUGUCCUCUAAACGGUGCCUCCUUCUUACAUCCUGAACGCUGGCUUUCUGUCAGCAGCUGGAAGGAGGGCUUUCUGGUCCAAGGCGCUUGGAAUACCAUCCCUGCUUGCUUAUUGAGACGUUCGGUUGCUUAGGUUCCCACAACACCUUUAACCCGGCCGAUCUGACAAUGCUUGUACGGAAUCCGCUCCUCUGGGUUGGCUUCAACGUUGGCUUGCUUUCUCCUGGCACUGUGUUGUGCAAAGGUCCCUGACUAAGAGACUGGCGUUACUACUGCGACGUUGGACUACAGUACCCAUCGCUUACAGGCUCGCGGGCGCCGUGUUACAGAAGCGGCAAGCCCCGGAGGAGGCGCCAAUCGCGAGGCUCCCCGGGCAGAGCGCGCGCGAGAAGAUCGCCCUCGCGGACGGAAUUGACGUAAGGAGCGGAAGUGGCGCCCGGCUCGCUCUGCGGGAGAAUGUGCGCGGGGGUCCUGCUGCCUGGGGGGGCUCCGCGUCCGCGGGGUUCGGCGAAGCGAGUCCUGGUGACCGGAGGCGCCGGCUUCAUUGCUUCCCAUGUGAUAGUUUCUCUUGUGGAAAAGUACCCAAACUAUAUGAUCAUUAAUCUGGAUAAGCUGGACUACUGUGCAAGCUUAACAAAUCUUAAGACAAUUUCUGAGAAAGAGAACUACAAAUUUGUUCAGGGAGACAUCUGUGAACCCAAUUUCAUAAAAGAAUUAUUUGAGACUGAAAAAAUUGAUAUAGUGUUACAUUUUGCAGCUCAAACGCAUGUAGAUCUUUCAUUUUGGCACAAACUUGAGUUCAACUAUGUUAAUGUAUAUGGAACAUACAUUCUGCUUCGGGCUGCUUAUAAGGCUAAUGUGGAAAAGUUUGUAUAUGUCAGUACUGAUGAAGUGUAUGGAGGAAGUUGUGAUAAGGAAUUUGAUGAAUCCUCACCCAAACAACCAACAAAUCCUUAUGCAACAUCUAAGGCAGCUGCUGAAUGCUUUGUCCAGUCUUACUGGGAAAGAUAUCAGUUUCCAGUGGUUAUCACACGGAGCAGCAAUGUCUAUGGACCCCAUCAGUUUCCAGAAAAAGUUAUUCCUAAAUUCAUUUCUCUCUUGCAGCAGAAUAGAAAAUGUUGCAUUCAUGGUUCAGGACUUCAGAAAAGAAAUUUUCUUUAUGCUAGUGAUGUAGCAGAAGCAUUUCUUACUGUUCUGAAGAAAGGGCAGCCAGGUGAAAUCUACAAUAUCGGGACCAGUUUUGCAAUGUCUAUUACACAGCUUGCAAAGGAAUUAAUCCAUCUUAUUAAAAAUACUAGUUCAGAAGCCGAGAUAGAAUGCUGGAUGGAUUAUGUUAAAGACAGACCUACAAAUGACAUGGGAUAUCCAAUGAAUUCUGGAAAAAUAUACAGCUUGGGCUGGAAACCUAAGGUGCCUUGGAAGGAAGGAAUCAAGAAAACAAUUGAAUGGUAUCAAGAGAACUUCCACAACUGGAAAAAUCCAGAAAAGGCUUUGGAGCCAUUUCCUGUUGCUGGAGAAUCUGUAUGAAUUUGUAUGCAUCAGAACUGGAAAGAAAAAAAGAAGAAGGAAAUCAUCCUACCUCAAGAACCUCUUGGAAACCUCUUCAGCAUCAGCUGUAAAUCUAAAAGAAAAAGACUUCAGUGGUUGAAGUUGAAGGUAUAUUGUAUUCAAGAAACAACAAGUAUCAGCAAAAUUGAGAAGGAAAAUAGAAUGGAAUUUUUGAACUCUCAACGUAAUCCUCUUUGGGGCCAAAUCAAUGAACACUCCAGUGCUGAAGCUUUAAAAUGGCAUUUCAAGACGAUGAGAUUAACUUCUUUUUCCUUAAAAGUGCACUUUAAAAUAGCUAUUUUGUAUCAUUACAACAUUGUAUUAUCAGUAUUAGUAAAAUCUAGACAAUAUUUUAUACUUAAGGGGUAGGCAUACUCUUCAUCUUGGUUUACCAGAUGACACUAAUAAUCUGCUUGUUUUAAAACAUUGUCCUGUGGUGCUGUCUGAUGUUGAUCCCAGAGCUGAACUGGAGAGAGAGGAUUUUCUCCAUUUGCUCAACAGAAAUUAUGAUUUGUGGAUAAUUAAGUCUAUUUUAACAGAAUAACAAAAUAUAUUUCAAUUAUAUUUUAUAUUUGCCAUGUAAACACCUUCUGUGUGAAAUGAUAAAGCAUUAGAUUCCUUUAAGGGUAGUUAGUGCUUCAAGAUUCAUGUAAACCAGACUGUUUUUUGCUUCUGAGUUAAAUGUGAAGAUAUGUGCGCGAGACGACCUCUCCUCUUUUGGUUCAACAUGCAUUCAUCAGCCUCCUCUGGCUUCCAGCAUCCGUAGGUUCAAAAGAAAUAUGUAAGAAUGGUGUAAACCCAAUUUAGCACAUUAAUUGUAUUUUUGCUGAGAAUGCUGAAAUGAUGCUUGCACCUCUUGGAAACCUCUUCAGCAUCAGCUGUAAAUCUAAAAGAAUAUGGUUAGUCCUUGAUUUACAACCACAAUUGGGACCAGAAAAUUUGUUGAGUGGUGUGGUCAUUAAGGGAGGCUUCGCGUGACCGCACCCGAUUUUACCAUCUUAUUUACUACAGUGGGGCAAAAAAGU